AUGGAAGACCACAGCUUCCCGUACGAUUUUCAGGCACGAGAAUCUCCUCAAAGCGAGUAUUCUGAACCCAGUGAGUACACAACCUUCACGAAGGACAAGUUUGGGCAAGUGUCAGAUUCACUGAGUUUUCUACGGUGCAUGCGGAAGAGGUUGGAGAAUCUUUCUAGACGGAUUCCCUCCGAUAAAUCGGCAGGUCGUCUCGACUCCCAGAAGAUGAAUACAAAGCCUGCGGCAGUUGAAGGUUCUGGGGACUUAUUUUCCAUAGUUCAGAACCCAAAUGCUCGUGAGGAGGAAGACCAACUUCGCGUAGCACAGGAAGAGAUAGAAACGGUCCUCAGAACAUCAUUAAUCGGUCUGAGACAGGCUUCCCGACUAAUAAAAGGAAACACCGAUGGGAGGACUGAUCAACCGACGUCUUCCCUUCGGAAGCCCGACACAAAAGCGUCCGUCUGCAGUCCCCUUAUCGGCAGCUAUAAGCGCAGACAAUCAGAUGAACUGUAUGAGUUACCGUCGCGGAUCUGCGAAAGCCCUGUAAAGAGAAACAAGUUGUCUUCUCAGUGUCCUGGAGUCAUUGGAGAAAAUUCUGAUCCUCCUGCCGAGCUGGAAGCAAUAGCAAAAUGCUUUCGAUCCCUGCUUAGCGGACUCCUUGAAGACAAGAAGAUGGUGUGUUCAUCCGUUCAGACCAACGGCUUUCUGCAGAAUAAACCAACAUGCCCUCCCAGCUCACCUCUGCCAUCCAUGCGUCGGAAACGCGAGCCAACGAGAGACUAUAUGAAUACCGACACCUCCUCUUCCGUUGAGCCCACUGACUUGGAAGCCGAUGACCGACGUUUUUCGGCCCGUAGGUGGGUCGGUUCACAGUCUAUUCAGCGGUCGCACUUCUCACCCGAACCUAUCUAUAAAAGGUCAAAUGCUGGCACUAAGUCCGAUGUCGUUCGUAUGUUGACAACCAUUGAGCGCAGUCUCGAACUCCUGGCAGCCGACGUGAGACAGGAGAACUCAGAAAUCGCGGAGUUGGUAUGUCGAAGCAUUGCUAAAUCAAGAGUCCAGGAAAAAGAUCGAAUGUACAAACAGUCCCUGCCGACGACAAAGCAGGUAUAUGAGUUGAAGCAGGCAGUUGAAGAUCUCAUUUAUAAGGUCCUUUUUAAACGAAGGAAGCUGAAGCGCCUUUUGCGGCUACGACUGAAAAAUCAUGCGUCUUCCCGCCGCCCACUGGAUCCGCGUUCUACUCCUGACAUGCCUUCCUCCCUGGAUUAUUGCAUCGACACUCCGGUCGUCAGGUCUCAGAAGCCCAGUUGUCGGAAGAGCCCCUAUACUCGUUUAAAGACGGAAAUCGUCGACGGGGAAAAGAGCCCCGUGAAACGUCGUCAGGAAAUUAGUCUGUCGAAGGACGACCCCAAGUACGAUAUGUUGAUGGCCUUGAAGGUCUUACGCAGGGACGCCGACCGUCUGAUCAGCAGCCUAGCCGUGGACAAUAAACGGCCCUCGGUGAAAAUGCCGUCGGUGUACAGCAGGGUUGUACGUGACGACAGUGAUGAAGAUGAGUAA